AUUUUCCAAGAAGAUAACAUAACAAGAGCAUCAAACAACAGGAAGAACCCAAAAAUUUCUUUCUAGCUAAUCAAACUCGGCCGAGUUUAAUAACAUUGAUGUUGGAUUCAAAGUUGAAAACUUUCCACAGAAACUCAAAAAUUGCCUCUCUUAUUUGUAUUAACUUUACAUAUUUCACCUAAUCACCAUAAUUUCACCCCCAAAUAGCAUAAAUGAAUGCAUGUCUGCCGUGAUGUUAAUCUAUAGCCAGGAAUAAAUUCCCACAUACACUAUUCCAUGAAGAGAGAGGUAAAUAGUCUCACACCGAAGAAGAAGAAGGGCCGAGAAGCGGAUUCUCUUUCAUGGGUUGGAAAUAGAACCUUCCCAAGAAUCUCGCAACGCAAGAACCCCGGGACCAACCACAAGACCGAUCUCUCACACACGGCCUGAACUCAGUCAACUCUUGCCCCUGCCGCCGAUGCUGUUCCGAAUCGCUCGGCCGGCGUCGAUUUCCGAAACAAAAUCUAGCAAUUGCUGUGUUGUCAAUUGCCAUGUUGGGAAAGAUGGAUGGAGUUUUUUGGUUUUAGGGAUUCUUAGAACUAUUGUGUCGUACCAAGCGUCAGUAGUCCAACGGUCAGCAUCUUCUUUUGCCGUGCGUCGCCACGGCAACCGUUUCGGUCGGCGGUCGGUAGUCGUCCGUCGCGUCAUUUCUUUCGGUUUCAUGGCCGGUACGUGCAGGUUCGUCAGGCAUCACGUAAUAGGAUCCACGCUCGUUGAGCCGUCGUCGUCCAGGCCCAACCGCACCGGAGCUCCUCUGUCGGUGCGUGUAACGACGAAGGGGACCGGAGUACUCACGUCCAAAGAGGAGGGGCCGUCUUGCUUAUUUGUCGGCCCGAUUGAAACGGCUAGUAAGGAAACUCUUGAAGCUCUCUAUCAUCAGGCUCGGGAUUCAUAUUACAGUGGUAAUCCUCUGAUAAUUGAUGACAUGUUUGAUAGAGUAGAGUUGAAAUUACGGUGGUAUGGUUCGAAAUCAGUUGUAAAGUAUCCUCGGUGCAGUCUUAGGCGACAAUCAACUUAUUCAGAUGCUGAGGAAGAUCUAUCUCAGGUUUUUGCAUUAGCAAGCAUAUGGAUCCUUAUUUUUGCACUCGGUAGUUCAGUUUGUCUUGUGCCUGUAAUCUACACCAUCAGCUUAGCUUACCAAGAUCCCUUCAGUUCCUCAUUUUCGUAUGUCAGCGAACCAUCUACUUUGAAGUUUCUUUCCAUAGCAAAUGGCAUAUUCUUCAUGGCUUUUGGGGCUGUGAUUGGUUAUCCACUUGCAUCAGCUGCUGUUCGGGUGCUUCAAAGACUAUGGAAAAAUGACUUGGUAGCACUUAAAGGGGCAUGCCCAAAUUGUCGGGAGGAGGUAUUUGCAUUUGUCAGAUCAGAUGAACCCCAUGAGUCCCCCCAUAGAGCAGAUUGUCAUGUCUGUGAAUCCAGUUUAGAAUUCCGCACCAAGGCUGAGCAAUCUGUUUCAAGAUUAGGGAGAAGAUGGGUCUAUGGUCGUGUAUACCUUGUAUCACGAAGAGGUAGAAGCCGGCGUCAAGCAUGGAUCUAAGCCAUUGGCAUGGCAUAGUAUGAUCUUACGGCAACUGUGUAUAGAACCUGACUCAUUUUAUCCAUAUUUCUUCCUUUCUAGGGGUAAAUCAUAAUAAUACUCAAUCUUUUUGUUACACACGAAUAACAGGUCCGAUUCAUGUAUUGUAGUUCGGCCAAAAAAUAUGAAAAAGAUUCAUGUAAUGUAGAAUCAAAUUAUUGCCAAUAGUAUAGGAAGCUCAAGUGCUCCACGGUGCUCUGAGUCUUCAACAAUAAUUUGUUUUAGUCUGAUUUUUACUGUUAAUGUUGCUCUUGCAAAAUAUAAAAGUGUGCAAGUGAGCCACUUGAGCCAAUGUUUCUGCUGAUUGUCAGUUUCAAACAUUUUCCUGACCUCCUUUCUGAAAACAAAAAUGGAGUUGACAG